AUGACCAUACCGGCUGUGACAGAGAACCAGACAUGGACGGUGUCGCUCUCACAGGAUUGGGAUGUUCUGGGGCCUUUCCCAAUUCAUGCGCGGGAACAGCAUUUUUUGUCACCAUCGUUUCCGCUGAAGCUGACGGACCCGAUUGACUUAAACGCGACUUGGCCCUCAUCUUACGCCGAUGGUGGCUCCGUCGGAUGGACGAAAGCUCAAUCCCUGGACGACGUCAUCGAAGUGUCCUACCCUUCUGUCAGAUGGGCCGCUUUGCGCGCGACUGAGGGCUGGGCGGCUCUACAGCAUCAUAGUGUCUUACGUUCGGUCAUCACUGUGUACCCACCGUCGAAUCCCUCGAACCAGGAAACAUCAAUACCACGCCUGCUGGUAGACUUGGAUCAAGGAUCAUUCUUCACCCUUCUUCCUCCUUCAGACAACAAAGACGACAAAUUCGUGCCAGAAUGGCAUGCCGGGAAUAUAUAUGCGCUGGGCAGGGCACCUCCUAAUGCUGUCAGCCUCCCAUAUCCCCCAUCGACUGAUUCACCGACAACGUACGGGAUCGUGGUCAGCGGCGACUAUGAGAUUAGGCUCUUCGGUGAUCCUCGCUUCGAUCUGGGCUCAGAGGUACCCAAGACGUCAAUCAUUCUUACCGUCGAUAUCCAAGAUACGGUUCCAGCUGUCGUUCGCGUUGACUCUCAUGCUGUCGUGAGCGACUUCGUCGACGGCUGGGCCUUUGGGAACGCGGUUGGUGUAGGUCUCCGCAGUCUCGACGGGUGGUGGACCGUUACCGGGGCCAGUGUCUCCGCAGAUCUCGCGGAGGUAUGGGGCUUUAUCUUCGAGGUUUCACUCUUGCAGAAGACUCGCAUCGCUCCUACCCAGACUCGGAUUAUACCGAUCACGCUGACACAGAGGGCGCCCUUGCGGCAUGAUUCAAUCGAGCUGACCUUGACGGUGGAGUCCCAGGACACAGUAUCCGAAGUGCGUAUCGCUAUUCCAGUGGAACAUUACGCCCAGUGGUCAGCAGACGACGUACCCGCCGCCGGAAUCAAGGCAUCUUUCUUCUAUGGCACUUCCAUGCCUGCCUCCUUUAUCGUGAUACCUCCUCGGGAGCCAACUAAUGCACCGCAGCCGCCUAUUCUCGCCCUUCAUGGCGCGGGCCUGGACGCUCUGAAAGAGCAUAGACUCUCAUGGGUUGAGGCAUUGCCUCGACAACGUCACAGCUGGGUUAUACUCCCUGCAGGCCGAACGGAAUGGGGGUUGGACUGGCAUGGCCCUAGCACGCGAGAAGCAUGGAAUACAGUGGAAGCACUAAGCGACAUCCUUGGCGCCCGAGAAGAAUGGCGCAGUUGGAGUUUUGCACCUGAUACCAGGGUUCUUCUUAUGGGCCACUCGAACGGAGGUCAAGGCGCUUGGUAUGUUGGUGGGAGGUAUCCGGACAGAAUCGUUGGAGUCGUCCCUGCUGCCGGCUACAUUAAAUCGCAAGCAUAUGUCCCCUGGGUUCAGUCGAGAUCAGCUCACUACAUCGACCCUGCGCUUCGUGCCCUGCUCGACUCCUCGCUCACCCCCGAUGAUAAUGACCUCUUCCUGUCGAACCUAGCGGAUACACCAAUCCUGGCCAUUCAUGGGGGGGACGACGAGAACGUCCCUGUAUGGCACACCCGCGAAUUGGUUGCUACACUGAAGACGUGGAACCCCCACGCUAAUGUGACAUACCGGGAGGACAGUGGUGAACACCAUUGGUAUGAGGGCCUGUUCCUCAACGAUGCGGUCAAAACCUUCGUGGCCUCAAUACUAUCGGGCGAGGGCGCCACCGCUGCGCCAUCGUCAAGAUCUUACACGCUCACCGUGGCCGUCCCGAGCGACUCGGGUUCCUUACAUGGAUGGUCGGUCCAUAGCCUAAGCAUUCCUGGCCGUCUGGGGAGGCUUGGUGUGGACAUCGAACCAGGUGGGAUUUCCGUGCGGACGACGAAUAUCAAGGCGUUUUCCAUCCGGCUUGGCUCGUUGCCAGAAGACGUGAAGAAUGUGCCCUUCUUGGUAGAUGGACAAAGCGUGGAGCUGGAUGAAGCCUCUUGGGACCAGCCUGACUUCUUCCUAGCUCUGGCUCAAGAGCAAGGCGUUUGGAGCGUGAGUCCAUAUCCUUUGUUCGAUGUCCAGUCGGUACCACCCACUGGUCGAAUCCUUAAUGUGCUCAGCUCUGCCGGCCCCAUCACCAUCGUCAUCCCAAGUCAGUCGCCCUCUGCGCAAUUGUCAGCCGGUCUGCGUAUCGCGCACAACCUCGAUGUAUACCAUAAGCUCGAUGCCGACAUCAUCACUGAAGAUGAGGCCGCGACAAGGAUGCGGGACGGGUCUCUGGCGUCAGCUAAUAUAGUUGUACUGGCCAGGGGCGAACUGGGAGCAUUCUCGAGGUCAAUCCUGGAAGAAGCGAGAACACCGUUCAAGAUCAGUGGCACAAGUCUGAAGCUCCGCGGUCGAUUGCUCAAUGGCCCGUCGAUGGCUACGCUCUUCCUGCACCCCCAUCCGACCAAUGCGAACUCGCUCGUCCUCUUCGCCUACGGUGCCGACAUGAGCGGGUUCGAGAGAGCUGUGCGUCUAUUCCCGAUCCGCACCGGAGUGACUGUGCCCGACUGGAUCGUCGUCGGGCGACAAGCGGAUGAACGAGGAACAGGAGGAGUGCACGGUGCAGGGGUCUGGGGUAACAACUGGAGCUGGAACGAGGCCAUGUCCGCAUUCUAG